UGACCUACCAGGAUGGUUACCGGAAGGGAAGGAAAACAAACAGCGUUCUCCACUAAAAGUGGUUCAACUCGCUGUCUGAGAUUCACUGAAGAGCCUGGGCAUGAAGACUGGUCUAGGUCAGAGAAUGGAUAAAGCGGAGCGCCAGCCCGCCCACCACUGAAACGAAAAGAGGACACUGAUCUUUACAGGUUUUUAUUUGCCAAGAUGCUGUUCCAGAGGGUCUCUAAGGGGGUCGUCACCAUAGCUAGCGGUUCCUGGACCAAAGUGACCUGCAAGUGCUGCUUCACUGACACUGUUCGGCCGCUGCUGGUGAUUGAACUGAACAAGGAUGUCCAGCUGGAGACCAAACAAUGGAUCAUAUCCAAGAUAGAAGCUCCUGCCAAUAAACAAGGAGCUCAGCUACUGGCUCACCCCGGUGAGGAUGACGAUGGUGACAUGAUCCUAGUCGCUGCACCUUCCUGCACACUCCUGAGGAAUGCUGAGGCCCUGGGGCUUUCCAAACCCUACCGUGACGGGACCAUGCUUGCCUUCUCAUACCCGGACAGAGCCAACUUCAAAAACGCAGACAAUGUUGAAGAGCUCCUGACUCUGGCAGAACAGCAAUACAUUUCUAAAAAAGAGCUGUAUGAUUUAAAAGCUGGCACUAAUGAAUCGAUCCCUGGUUUUUCCAAAGACAAAGGGAGUCUGUACCCUGGAGAGCCGAUAUUUCAGAAGCUGGAGAAGAGCGGAAUAGUGAAGACAAUGUACCCACUGCAUGACAAAGAGAAACUGAGCGCCUUCUCAAAACAGUGGUACUCCCAAUUUAACUCUGGGGUGCAGCCGUUAGAUUACAUCCACUCCUAUUUCGGUGGGACUGUGGCUUUCUAUUUCAGUUUCCUGGGCUUCUACAACCUCUCACUGCAGCUCCCUGCUGUUCUGGGUGCUGUUCUUUACUUCUUGCCCUGGAACUCCCUGAAUGGCCAGGUCCUGUUGGCCAUUUUCAAUGUGGUUUGGUCCACAGUGUUCCUGGAGCUGUGGAAGAGACGGAGUGCAGAGCUGGCUUACGGUUGGGGGACCCUGCUGCUUAACAGCACCUUCGAAGAGCCGCGACCCAACUACUGGGGCACCAUGGGACACAACCCAGUAACGAAACGCUGGGAGCCGUACUUCCCAAGUGCUGAGCGGAAGAAGAGGAUCUGGUUUGUGUCCACCCCUGUAGUGUGUGCUUUCCUGUGGCUCACAGUGAUGGGGAUGGUGGCCUACUUCUACUUAGAGUGGUGUGUGAAGGAUUAUUACAGCCGGGAGCCCUCGUGGCUCGCUAUGCCCCUGCUGUACCUUCCUUCAGUGCUGCACAUACUAUACGUGGACUUCAUGAACCAUGUCUACAAGACAGUGGCACACAUGCUGACAGAGUGGGAGAAUCACAGAGUGGAGUCAGACUUCCAGAAACACUAUACUCUGAAGGUUUUGGUGUUUAGGUUCAUCAACUGUUUUGCUGUCUUGUUUUAUAUCGCCUUCUACAAGCAAGACCUGGAGCUGCUCAGAAAGAGGCUGGUGUCCCUGUUGAUUGUCAGUCAGAUAAUAAACCAGGUUACAGAGGCGCUGGUGCCGUACCUGCUGGAGAGAUUUUUGCCGAGCCAGGGGACGAAGCAGAGAGAAGCUGACCCGCAUAUUGACAAGUUCCGUGCCCAGGGCUGCCAGCCGGAAUACCCUGGGUUGUUUGCUGAGUACAUCGAGCUCUUUGUGCAGUUUGGCUACCUCAGUCUCUUCUCCUGCGUGUACCCGCUCACAGCAGCCCUGCUCUUUCUCAACAAUGUGACUGAGAUCCGCACUGACGCUCUGAAAAUCUGCAAGCUCUUCAGAAAGCCCUUUGUCGCUCCUGCUGCCAACAUCGGGAUCUGGCAGACAGCUUUUGAAGCCCUGGGGUUUGUGUCAGUGAUCUCCAACUGCUGGCUCAUCCUCAUCUCUCCGCAAGUCACAGGUUACUGCCAAGAGAAUGGGGUUAGCUUUCGACAUGCCCUACUCUGUACCAUUGCUUUGGAGCAUGUACUCAUCAUUCUGAAGGUUGUUAUAGCGUUUGUGAUUCCAGACCUACCCAAGUGGGUGAGGAUAAAAGUUGCUCAGCUUGAAUUUCGGAGUCGCCAAGCUCUCAGAACAGUUGCCUAAAGCCAUCGGUACACUUACAUAAGGAGAUUCAAUCCUGGAUUAAUAUAAAAUGACACUAGAGCGUCCUGUGUGGUUCAGCCAGUUCACACAAUGGGAGGACUGCCACUCACCUUGCUCUUUAAUGGGAAGUCAAUGGCAAAAGACUAUUCUGAAAUUCCUAGUCUGAAAAACAUGUGUGGGCUAUCAUGGAACAAGAACUUUACAAUCAAGACCAUUCCUAAAGUGAUCUGUUCAAUCUGAAACCAAACACUGCCUAAUGACAGAUCUUCCCUAUCAAUGGAAGCUGAGAUCUGUCACUUACAGGGCUUGAUGGGCAUUCAACUGCAAUGUCUAUAUUCCCUCAGAGAGAAUGAAUGACAGCUUUUAUGUUUUUUUUUUUGUUUUUUUUUUAAAUAUAGCAUUUUGUUACAGAUGAUAAUACAGUAGGUAAAAUAACCCGUUGCUACUUUAUUACCACAGAAUUUGUUUUAUUCACUGUAUUUCAGCCUCCUGUACGGAGGCAACUUCACAAGAGCUGACUUUUUAUUACUGAUAUUGUAUUGGUCUCUGUAUAAAUUAUAUUUGAUAUUUCUGAAGAACAUGAACAUUUCAUGGGACCACUUAUUCAUCUGGAGUGUGGUGUUAAUUCUCAUUUAUAUGAAGAACUGUAUCCAGUCUUCCAGCAAUUCCAGUUGCUUGCACAGUCCCCAGAACUCAAUAGUACCAGGGAUGAUCUGGAAAAUGUAAUUAGUCAGUGCCUGCAGGUACAGUACCACCGUUCCAGGCUCAAUUUUACAGACCCUGACAGAAACAAGGAAGGAUAUUCCAUAGGAUGUCCAUAGCAAAUUGGGUUAUCUGUGCCUCCAUGUGUUGUAUCAGUAGUGCUUUGAAAAGAGGCACACAAGCCUGAUACUGAAAGGUAUUCCUGAUAGUGUUAGGACCAAAUACUGGACACUGACAAGGUACAGUACUUUUCAAGAACAAAGACAAAGCAAUGUAUUAACUUGUAUUAUCAACUAUUGAAAGUUUCCAUAUAUAUAUCUAUACACUUUUUUUUUUUUUAUAAAAAGAGUUCUGGUGGGCUUCAGCUACUCACAAAUCUACUGCCAAACUCCCAUGAAUCCUAAACUUUGCUCCCAAUGUUAUGUAAAAAAAAAAAAAAAAAAAAAACACUUGUUAACUGAACUGGUUUGAAAAUGAAAUAUAUUUUUAUUUACAAUUGUUUUUUUUUUGUUUUUUUUAACACAAUUGUACAGUUUACGGCAAUUGAAUAAAUAAACAAUAAAACAGUUA